UCCCGCUCCGCGCGUCCCUGUGGCUGCGCAGUGGAAAUCCGCACCGGGGAGCUGCUGAGGGGCGCCGGUGUCAUGUGAAAGCGCACAUGCUCUGCCAUCCGCGCAGCCCCAGCCUCUCUUCUGCCUCCGCCUGCUUUUCCUGUUUUUCCUAGCGUAACUCCUCUCCUUCCCCCCCUCCCCCGCUUCGCCGCUAGCCAGCCGCUGCCGCCGCUCCGCGGCCCAGGCGACCCCCGCAAGGGCUCCGCGGCGGGCGGGCGCGGGGCGGCCGCCAGGGAGGAGCGCGCCCGGCGGCGGGCAGCCCGCGGAGCCGCGCCCCGUGGAGCCGCCUCGGAGGUAUGGUUUUCCCGGCGGAGCAGAGCUGCGGCGGCCGCCGCCUCCGCGGGUGCUGAGACGGGAUUUUUGUGGUGCGGUUCCCGGGCUCCCAGCUUCAUGACUGCGCGGAGCGGGGAGCCAACACCAUGCGAGCACAAAUUGAAGUGAUACCAUGCAAAAUUUGUGGUGAUAAGUCCUCUGGAAUACACUAUGGAGUCAUCACAUGUGAAGGCUGCAAGGGAUUCUUUCGGAGGAGUCAGCAGAACAAUGCCUCCUACUCCUGCCCAAGGCAGAGAAACUGUUUAAUUGACAGAACCAACAGAAAUCGUUGCCAACACUGCCGACUGCAGAAAUGUCUUGCCCUGGGAAUGUCUCGAGAUGCUGUGAAGUUUGGAAGAAUGUCCAAAAAGCAGAGGGAUAGCUUGUACGCUGAAGUGCAGAAGCACCAGCAGCGACUGCAGGAACAAAGGCAGCAGCAGAGCGGUGAGGCAGAAGCCCUCGCCAGGGUUUACAGCAACAGCAUCAGCAAUGGCUUGAGCAACCUGAAUAACGAAACUGGCAGCACCUACUCAAAUGGGCACAUCAUUGACCUGCCGAAGUCUGAGGGUUACUAUAACGUGGAUUCUGCCCAGCCUUCCCCAGAUCAGUCUGGGUUAGACAUGACUGGAAUCAAACAGAUAAAGCAGGAACCUAUCUAUGACCUCACCUCUGUACCAAACUUGUUUACCUAUAGCUCUUUCAACAAUGGGCAAUUAGCUCCGGGGAUAUCCAUGACUGAAAUAGAUCGAAUUGCACAGAAUAUCAUUAAAUCUCAUUUGGAGACAUGUCAGUAUACAAUGGAGGAACUACACCAGCUAGCAUGGCAGACCCACACAUAUGAAGAAAUUAAGGUUUACCAGAGCAAGACCAGAGAAGCUCUGUGGCAGCAGUGUGCCAUUCAGAUCACCCACGCUAUCCAGUACGUGGUGGAGUUUGCGAAGCGUAUAACAGGCUUCAUGGAGCUCUGCCAGAAUGACCAAAUUCUCCUCCUUAAGUCAGGGUGCUUGGAAGUGGUUUUGGUGAGAAUGUGCCGUGCCUUCAACCCACUCAACAAUACUGUUCUGUUUGAAGGAAAGUAUGGAGGGAUGCAAAUGUUUAAAGCCUUGGGUUCUGAUGAUCUGGUGAAUGAAGCAUUUGACUUUGCAAAGAAUUUAUGUUCCUUACAGCUGACUGAGGAGGAGAUUGCCUUGUUUUCAUCUGCUGUUCUGAUAUCACCAGAUCGAGCCUGGUUAAUAGAGCCAAGGAAGGUCCAGAAGCUUCAGGAAAAGAUUUACUUUGCACUUCAACAUGUGAUCCAGAAGAACCACCUCGACGAUGAGACUUUGACAAAGUUAAUAGCCAAGAUACCAACUAUUACUGCACUUUGCAACUUGCAUGGAGAGAAACUACAGGUAUUUAAGCAAUCUCAUCCAGAUACAGUGAACACACUGUUUCCUCCAUUAUACAAGGAGCUUUUCAAUCCAGACUCAACCACUGGCUGCAAGUGAAGGGGAUAAUAGAAUUUUCACGUAGUCAUGGAAUGCAUCACUAUUAAGACAAAAAGAAAUGUUUUCAUGAAGAACUUAUUAAAAAUGUCACUACUGCAACACUAGGAAUGUCCUGCACUUAAUAGAAUUAUUUUUCACCGCUACAGUUUGAAGAAUGUAAAUAUGCAACUCUGAGUGGGGAUGUCUUUUUUCUCUUUUCUUUGUUUACUUUUUUUUUAUUUUUGAACUGACAAUGAAUAUACAAAUAUAGACACUGGGUGUUACCUUUUUUUUUUUUUAUUUUAUUUUAUUGGGGGAUGUUUUGGGAGACAACUGUUCCUAGAAUUUUAUUGUAGAUAUAUAUGAGAAUAGAGCAGUACUUUGCAGUAUUACUCUUGCUGUUUAUUGUUCAAAUAUAAUUUAAGAAAAAUCCACUUAUUAGACUUGCUUAUUUCUAUGUUUUUAGAUAGUUUAAUGCAUGUGGAAGUUUGUAGCUGUCUUGGAAAUUAUGGUGCAUGUAUGGAAUACACAUAUAUAUAUAUAUGUGCUAUAUACUUUUUUAUAUAUAUAUAUAUAUAUGUAGGUAUUAUAUGCAUACAUGCUGUAGCUUAAAAAUCCCAUGCCUACUUUUAAAGGAUGCUCAGCCCAGCUGUCAUGCAUUUCUUACUCUCCAAGUAAUGUAUUAGAUUUACUUUGGGCAAUCAAGAUUUGCUUUGCCAGUCAGAGUUAAAUUAUCAGCUGCCGAUGUGUAAUGACAGGAUCACUUCUGAGAUAUGUGUAAUGUAGUGCAUGUGUGCAGUCUAUAAAUGAAACAUCAGGAAUGUAUCAAUGGUGCAAAAGCCUUGUCUGGAUUAUUUUAGUGGAGAGAGGAAAAGGGUUUUUUUUUUAUUUUCUCCCUGUUACAGGGAUAGAGCAUAUAUAAAAGUGAACACUGUAGGACCUGAUGUCAGUAAAGUAUCUGAAACACAGAGUAAAAAUGUAGACUACCCCACACAUACAUUUUUCUGAUUCCACACAUUAUUUUAUUUUUAUGUACUGCUUUGAAAAGUAGUUGCAAGGCUUGGUUUGGUUUUUGCUGAACUCAGUGGAAAGACACGUAGUGAACUAAGUGAAAACCAUAGGAAGCCUAAAAUGUAGCUCUGAAGAGUAGUGGCAGAGGGAGGAAGGGAGGGAAGGAGGAGGAAAGUCAAAGCAAGCAAUGUCCAUGGUUACAAAGGCAGAUAUAACUAUCACUGUUUCUGACACAGCCAUCACCUAGAUGGGACUGAUGGUUUCCAAUACACACAUACGUAUAUGUAUGUUACAUACACAUGCAUAUAUGUAUGUAUAUAACCGUGUAUAUAUACAUAUAUAGGGCUGAUUUUAGAUGCGCUUCAGGAGGGGAGCAAAGGAUUGGGGCUUUCUUUUUGUCUGUCUCUGAACUGACUUUUGUGCAUUUGCUUGCAAAACCAAAGGCAAACACAGAGGGGAGUGGAAGACUGCCAUGGACUUAAUCUUGUGGAUUAAUUACGUUUAAUUAGCAGUCAUGAUUAAUGUAUUUGGAUUCUGCCAGAGAUACAAAACAUAGACUUUUUAGCUAUGGAAGAGGGAUUCAGUUUCUGCUAUGGCUCUGCCCUUACCACCAUUUCUACCUGUUGUGAACUUUUUCAGAAAACUGUCCGCCGGGGACACCAGUGGAGGGAGUAGAGCAGAAAUAAGAGGAAGCAGGCAGUAGAGAAGAAAUGAAGUGGAGGCAGGAUCAUGAGUAGAUAUAUUUCUUUAUUUCAAAUCACGUAGAAGUUAGUGCAAACUGAGGCAAGGCAAGGAGGAGCAUGCUGUCAGGGACGUCAAAGGACCCACUGUCUGCCAGGCUGCAUGGCAGAGUGGUGUCACAGGGAACUCACAAGGAACCCUCAGGGACACGGCUGGGCCCCAGGGUGGGUGCAGAAACUUGGUUUGUUACAGUGAUAAUGCCUCCAGCUUUUCCAGCAGACUCGCACAGCUCCGGUCUCCAUGUUCUGUUCCCGUUUCUGCAUGACCAAGUAAUUCACAGACUAUUCCCAGUACUUUGUGGAGUUUUACCUUGUCAUCCAUCAGCCGGUUUGCAAGUUUACAUACAUGUUUCAUGACAGAAUCCAGUCUAGACAGUAUCAACAUUUGUUUGCUCUGUUUUAGCAAUGCCAGGCCAGAUAUAAGAGCAGUUACAAACUCUCAGCUAAUACAUGUUUCUCUGUAGGUCCAUUACAACUUCAAAAAGAAAAAAAUAAAAAUCUGCACAGCCAAGUUAGUUGUGCUGAUAAUUUUGUGCAGACAUGACAUACUCUUCAAAAUCACUUAGUCCUAUAGAACAGCAAUUUCUAAAAUACCUUUUUUGCUCGAAAUUCAGAGCAUGUUUUCUGAUCUCUACUGAUUACAUUAAAAUAUCUUCAGUUAACAUAAUAAACCAUUGCUCUUGAUGCUUUUUUAUACCACUUAAAGCCUAAGACUGGCAUUCCCUUAUAAGGUGAUUUACCUGUUUGCAGCCCCUUUUACAUGGCAAAUCCAUGAAAAGGACCCCAAACUCCAACUUCUUCUAAUAUCAAAAGACUUAAUUAACUAUAUUUAUGUACUGCUUGUGUGAUUUUAUUUGGGAAAAAAAUCAAGUCGAGGUGAACCCUGGAAGUGCUCAGUUUUAACUGUAGGGGAUUCAUGUUUUCCUUGUCUUUUCCAACAUAAGAACACACAUUUAUAUUUGUUUGAAAUCCUUUAUAAACUUAUUUUCACUAUGUCAAAAGUAACAUAUUUAGCCAACCCACAGAAAUAUAGAAUAUGUGAUAAAUAUUACUGUUCUUAGUGCUGAUAAUAAAGAGGUUUGUCAUGCUUAUAAAUAGUUCCUCACAAUUACGUGUUACAUCUUGAAAAUGUUUUGUUCUCCUCAAAUAUGCUAAUCAGUCCUUGUGAUUUUUUUACUUAUGUCUUAGUCAAGAAAACCAAAUGGAGGUCACCAGUGAAAAAAACCUUUAUUUAAUCAUUAUCUGCAGGGCUUUUAAUCUUUAAAGCACUAUUCUUACAUCACUGCAACCUCAUGACCUUUUCAAUCAGUAAUGAUUACUGCCACUUUUUAAAGAUGUGGAAAUGAAGGAAAAGAAGUUAAAUGACUUGCCAGAGACCACAGAUGUAGCAGUAUUCAAUCCUGGAAUAAAAAUGGAUUCUUGCUUUUUGUCCUAAAAAAAUUAAGAUGCUGGUAUAUAAAAUCUUCAUUGCUAAUGAUAGGCAAUAGCCUGUACAAACAAUUCCAAAUAUUGCCAAACAAAUUUUUAUCUUAAUAAUAUGGUUAAUUAUCAACAGCUUGCUCUAUUUUUGUUACUAUUUUUACAGAAUUUGAGCAAAUAACCUUGUUGUUUAUUUGGAAAAUAAAAAUUCGUUCUCAUACAUUAUUUAUUUGUGGUAACUAAGGCUGAUAAAUUUUAUUUAAUUUUCUGUGAUUUGGGAUUGGCCACAUAGGUAAAGUAGUAUCUCUUUUGCCUUUCAUUGACUGAGUUUAGAACAAUAAAUAAUGAUCACAUGCUACAGGCUGGAUUUUUGUUGUUUGUUUUGAUACAUAGUCAUUUAUACUCAGAAUUUCAAAUUCUUGAUAUUGGAUUUCAUAUGUUCAAGUUAUCCAUAGACUUUAAAUAAUAAAAUAGCAUGAAUUUGAGUAAAUAACUGCAUAAUCCACUCACAAGAUGCAUUUCAGAAAAUAUUAGUGCUGCACUUUUACUUUAUUUAUUCUUGGUUUUCAUUAGUCCACACUAGUAUCCGUAGCCCUUCAAUUAAAUCUCUAAAACUAGGAUUUGUCACAUCUUCUCUCUGUAGCAAUUGGUCAUGUUUGUUGAUUUUUUUAGUGACAAGCUUUUCAAAUGGGACACAUUUUUUAAUGAUUGAUUAACCUGGGAUCUUUAACAAAAGCUUUCUUAAAGCAUGUAUUGAAUAUUCUACUUCAAGCAUUGGUCUCAGAUAAUUCAGCCACAUUGAUGUAAAUUAUCCUUGGCAUCAAGAAAGCAGAUGUAAACUGUUUGUUACACUACCACAGACACUUAAUUUUGGUGUAAAUGUCACUCUUGACAGCUCUUUGUAUAAAGAAUUAAUUCCAAGAGUCAUAUUUCCUUCUAAUGGAAAGAUUGCUUUAGCGAUUGCUAGGGAAAAAAAGGGUGAUAGAAGGCACUCAGUUGAGGCAACUUGUUUCCAAAAGCAAUGUAUAUGUUUUGAUUGGUUUGUGAUAGGCAGCAUUUAGGAAUUAAUUCUGCGAGUUGUCAGGCUCCCUUAGGUCUAACUAAAAAUGAAGACAUCUCAGCACCACACAGAAGGUGCUCAACCCCUCAUAAAGUCACACACCCUUGGUGUUAAGAGGUCCCCUUUGAGCUUUGCAGAGCACAAGUCAGAUGUUAUUCUCAUACUUGCAUUUUAAUGCUUUUACUUCAUGCUUCCCAUUGUUCAUUUCAGCUCCAUUUCACAGGGAUCAGUUUAUUCCUUGUGUUGUGCCUUGGGCGCCAAUGCUGUCUCGAUGCCUGUGCCAGGUUAUGGUGCUCCAGGUGGAGCAGCUACCAGACCUGUCCGUGAAGAUGAGCUUUAUUAUGUGAUUUUCUUUGUUCGUUUUCAUGGUGGCAGCCUGCACAGGUGUACAUUUCCCUUUGAGAUAGUUUGCAGGGAUUUCUGACAUGACAACUUCUACACAAAGAGGGUGCAAAGCUGCUCUUGUGCUCUGGCAUCUCAGCCUCCCACCACCAGACUGUGGGAGCUGCUCCAAGGCUGCAGUCUCACAAAUCCAUCAGGCAGCACAGUUAGAGAUGUGCAGCUGAUGGCUCCUUUCCUUGUUGUCUUUUUCACCCCCUCUAAAGCUGUGCUACAAGGCACAUUUGAAAGAUGUUCAGGCUCCCCCCAUCCUACUUCCUCCUGACUCUGCAGUGAUUGUGCUGUUUCCAGAAGAGCCAAGGUCCAGCCUGGAAGCUGGUUCCUAUUUUCAGAGUUGUUGUCUGUUGGACAUCCCAGGAAUAUAGCGCUGGGCAAUAAGAUCAAACUGAAACAUGAAAGAGGUUUUUUGUCCAAAUACAUUAUGUCUAAGCACAUAGGAAAUGGAAACCUGAGACAGAAUAGCUUGCUUUUCCCUGGCAAUAACAAAAUAAUGUAUUUACACCUACCAGCCUGUCCCAGCCCUUUCUGCCUCCACUCUAGAAAUUAAUUCCUAUCUCUGACAUCCAUUAGGAACAGUGUGUUGCAGACCCAGUCCUCUUCUUUCCUUUUUAAAUUUCAUGCUUUGUAAAUGACAAUCACUGCUUGACGCAGAUGUUGCACUGUAUGCCACUCAGGGAUGUUUCAUUACUAAAAAUAGCUAUAUAAAUAUAACAGUGAUAAUAAAGAAGAGAAUGUUAGAGGCUUUGAAGGGCACAGGUUGAGCUGCCCAAAUGAACACGACCCAGACAAGGCUUUCAAGCCAGUUAUUAGAAUUAACAUUGGUAUAAACUGAAUUCACUGUCAGCAUUUCCUCAGCUUGAUGCAGGACUCACUUCACCCGUUGUUUCACAGUCAGUGGAGCCCUACUGAUCCAUCAGUUUGUGAUGUUAGAGUCCUUUUGGAAACAAAAUGCCAGCGAGCUUUGUAUGAGUUACUGAAUUUAGACAACUGACAAAAGAAAGUGUAGUUUAAAGGUAUUGAGUUUAGGUACUAUUAAUGUGAGCUCAUAUUCAGAAUUGCUGCAGGCAUGUGAGAAAGGUUAAGAUGUGGAAUAAAUGAUAGUAUGUCAGCAAUGACAGCAACAGUUAUGCUGAGCUACCACAUGGAGAAAUGACUAUAAAGAGCAAGUAGUAAUAAGUGGCUAACAGCUACCCUUUCCUCUCAGGGAUGCACAAAAUCCUAGCUACCCCCAGACCUCUGUAGCAGUGCUUGUCCAUGGUAUGAUCAGUCCUUUUCUCACCUCAGGCAAACAUGACCUCGUUUUAUACUGCACUAGUGAAAAAUAAUCCCAUUUCCUAGAAUUUUGAAACACAUUUCUGCUUAUCCCUAGCUUUACACCACAGGUUUUCUAUAGACCUAUCAUUACAAGAACACACACAGAAAGACAAAUUGCAGUGGAUUAUAUUGCCAGUCAUUGAGUUAGUUCCAGGUCUCCAGUCAAGAGGUUUUCCUCAGCUCUAAGUAUGAUCAUUGCUCCUAUUCUCACAGUGAGUAUGUAUGGGUUUUGACUCCCUCCAUCUUCUGAACUCCCUACACCUAGAAGAUGGGUGGACAGCUUCAAGAGCUGGAAAGGAGAGACCAACAUCCCUAUGCAUCAAGGUUUUCACAAUCUUAUUCUUAGCCAACUGUCCCAUUGCAAUUUCAAUUUUAAUCUUUCAGGUUGCUGGGAGCCAUGAAUAAGUGACCAAAAUUCUUGUUAGCAUGAUACCUGCCCAUUAAAAAGAACAGUCCUCUGGCCAGAGGACCUUGCCUCUCUUUCCUUUUCCUUUUAGUCCUAGCUCCUAAUGAGUGAGGCCUGAAGUGGUAAAUGAUUCAUCUUUGCUCUUUCUCAAAGCUGAUCCUUACCUACAACCUGCGAGGGAGGCUCCACCUAGAAGGUAGGAAGCAGGUUCCUUCCUCCCAGCCUCUGUGUCCUUACUUAGCUGUAUUGUCCCUGCAUGUGUUGUCACACAUGUGUUGUUACACAGCGAGUAAGGCUGUGUGACAAUGAGCUCAACACCCCAGUAAUUUACCAUCCCGGAAGUGGUUCGCAGCAGAUCACUUAACUAUAAAAGCCACUUGUGUACGCAGUCUGCCGACAAAAGCCAUUGUGAAGAGACCUAAAAUUUCUACAGUGGUAGCUCACAGAUCAGUAACUUUCCUAAAAAGGCAGCCUAAAUGUCCAGAGACAUGAUGGAUGUGUCAUUGUCCUCCAAACAAUCCUUGCAUUUCAUUUGUGCUGAGAGAAUAAGGCAAUGAACAAAAUGCUCUAGGAGAGGACAGAUAUUUCCUGGGUGUUACUGCAGGCGGUGAGGACAAUACUGCUCACAGUGAGUUCAGUAACAUGAUGUACUACAUCUACAUAAUUUCAUCAUCCUCACAAUUCAAGCACAGCACAUAGGGAGAGUGAAAGAAAACAUCAUUGGAUAUAGCAGCAAUAAAUAUAUUAUAAGUGUUUCUUUGUAACUGUACUUGCAGAAAUUGUUUGCUUUGCACGUGGUCUUCUGUACAAUAACAUAAAGAAAAAACUUCAUCUAAUGUAGAUAUCACAGCGUUUUUGCAUAUUUGUUGGAUUCGUUGGAUGGAGCUGCUAAUUUGUGAUCGAAGAUACUGCUGUUGAGAAAAAUGUAUGUGCUUCAAGAAAAGGCUGAGGCCCUUGUUUAUGGCUAUACAUUGGCAGCAGUAAAGUAUGUUCAAUAUAAAACUCUGUCUGGAGAGAAUUUAAAAGAUGUCUCCUGGUUUUCAAUAUUAUGAUCACGUUGGUCCCUUAUUUGGGCAACAAGAACGCAACUGCAUUGAAAAACAAGCAGGGCCAGAUGGUUAACCACAAAGAACAGGAAAGAACAGGCUUUACCUUGAAGACUGUUCCAGAUAAAACCAGCUUAUUUAAAAAAAAAAAAAAAUAAAAAAUAUAUUAAAAAAAAAGCACUUAUACUUGUCUUGAUUAGACACACAGCUUAAUAA